UAGAGUAUCGGAAAGUACUGAUACUAUAUUACUCAUUUGCUUAAGGACGGGGAAUAGAAAAGGUUUAUCAGAAAAUGUCAGAGAGAAGGUAUGCAAUGAAGAAAAAAAGUGGAAAAGUCCUCAUCAUUAGAAACCAGAAUUUUCAUACGUGUAGAGAUCAGUCUAGUGAGGAACGAGAUAGGCGUGACAAAGAGACCAGAGGAGCACCGCACAGUGUUUCGGAACGUAUUGAAAAAGAGGAUGCUGACAUAAAAGAAUUGGUCCACAAAUUUACAGAAUUAGGGUUUACAGACAUAUAUGGUGGUACAGAUAAAUUUGAGCAGAAGGAUAAAUCAAAGAAAGAAAUGAUCGAGUUACUAAAACAAGCGGCCCAGAAGGAUUUCACAGAUGACUACUGUUUUAUCUGUGUAAUUUUAUCCUUUGGGAAGGAUGGUGUGAUUAUCUGUAAGGAUGACAGUCGAGAUGGAAAUUCUAGUAUUAGAAACCCUACUCCGAGUAUGAUGCUGCCCGUGUCUGAACUCCAGGAAUGUCUCAAGGGAGACAAGUGCCAAGGGCUUCUUAUGAAGCCCAAAAUAUUCUUAUUACAGUUAGAGCCAGUCCCACGAGAUACUAAAGAUGACACACAUCGUCGUAAAGAAGAGCCUACCAAAUUACUUAAAAUUCCCAGGGAAGCAGACUUUCUCAUCUACAACUGCGAGACAGAUUUUGGCAUCAAAGCAUGGAUCCAAGGUUUGAAUGAACAUGUCGUAGGUAAGAAGGAACCUCUGGAGAUACAGAGGCUGCUCACCAGAAUGAACAACAUAGUACGCAAACACUAUGAAGACUUGGGUUUAAGCAGUGUGGAAUUGCCAUGUGUUACCUCCCUUCUCACCAAAGAGGUGUAUCUGGGGGAAAAAAAUCAACAGUAGAACUGAUACAGAGUAAAUUGUUGGAGGAUUUUCUUGAGAUUUAAAUCCUGUCCACUUUCAGUUUUGUAAAAAUUAACUUUCUACAAAAAAUUACUAACAUAAUGUUUAAUGUUUUUAUUUGCAUACAAGUACUUAAUUACAAUGCUUUAUUUAAUAACUACACUGUUCAUGUAUAGGAUAAGUAUUAAGUGUUUGGAUUAGAUUUAGGCUAGCCAAUGCAUAAAAACUCAGUCUACAAUUUUUGUAGGCAUUCAAAUCAUUUGGAUAAUGGAAAUUUGCAACAAAAUGAUAGUGAGUGUGUAAGACUUUUUUUUUUUUUCAAGUGGCAGUUUGGUUUGGUUUGGCAAAUUGGUUUGGAUUUGCAGUGUAAAAAUGAAACGGAAUUCUCAUUCUUGAUCUUAAUUCUUUGGUACUGAAUUUCAAGAAACAUCCAAUAAAAUUUAAAUAAACAAAUUAUUUCAUCAGUCAGCCAUGUUGUGUAAAGAUAGAACAUAUACACGUAUUAUUAGUGUAUUAUUGUUAGUGUCUGAUGCUGCAUUAUUUCAAAAAGUGAUAAAAAAAAUCCUUGAAGAUUAUGUUGGCUUGAGUCUGUUGAAAAAUGAGAAUACGCUCAAUCAAUAUUAUAACCUGAAAUGUACAGUACCUUGUGUACAUGUAUUUAUAAUUGUUGCUCACCACUUUUAUUGUCUCAAAUUUUGUUUGUUUGAUAAUGUUACCCUCUCACAAACUCAUAUUUAUAUAUACAAGAAAUGUCAUGUGAAACGUUUAUUUUUGACAACUUUUAACAUUUGUCUUCCAAGAGUACAUGUAUAGCAGAAAUGAAUUUCCAAGUGCCUUUAUUGUAAAAAAAAAAAAGCUCAGUAAUUGUUAUGAUUGUUUGUGCAGGAAUUAUUCAGCAGCACAAUUAUGUGAUUAACUAUGCAUUCCCAGUCAACCAGUGAGACUGGUCAAAGUCAUUAGUAUGUGAUAAUGAAGGACACAUGAUAUAAUAUUGCAGAUUAAGGAUGAUAAUGUAUGAUGAUAGUGUUCAAUGCCAUGAGAUUCAUGGAGAUGUAGCUUUAUACAUGCAACAAAGAUUCCACAUUAUAUUAAUAGCGAUUUGUAAGACGUGUUCUGAAAAUAUUUUAAUUAAUAUUGAUAUAUUUAUAAAUCAAUAUGCAAAAUAUAA